GUCAGUAUUAUUGCGUCUCCAAAGCGCCCUCCCUCCUAGCAGCAGUAGGCUAGUGUGCGGCGUUCACUGUCUGUGACACGGGAAUGUCCUUCCCUGCCGACUUGGAUGCCCACGGGUAAUAAAAACAACCAUCAUAAACGGGACAGAUUUGGAGCCAGAGCAUGGAUGACGACAGGCUGAUCAUCACAACGCCCUUAGCUGGCUGAUCUCAGACCAGAGAGGAGACCUCGUUCAGGGUGAAUGUGAGACAGAUUUGAAGAGUGGAGGCCUAAACGGCAUAUUUGAAAUCCAAGAUGUCAAUGAAACAACCAGAGGGGAUGUCCAUUGCCCAGGCGUUGGCCAUGACUGUGGCAGAGAUACCUGUGUUUCUCUAUUCCACAUUUGGGCAGUCCAUUUUUUCUCAGCUGAAGCUGACCCCGAGCCUGAAGAAGGUGCUGUUAGCAACAGCGCUGGGCAGCGUGGCUCUGGCGCUCACUGCUCAUCAGCUUAAGAGGCGAGGGAGGAAGAGGAAGCAGGUCACACAGGGGAAGGAGAUGCAGAAAACUGUGGGAAUACCUGAGGCGCUGAUGAAGACAGGAAGACCCUCGUCAUUAAAGAGAGGUCAGUUCACAGGCCGGCAGAUGAUGAGUCCCAGCACUCGGAGCAAUGAUACCAUGAGUGGAAUUUCUUCGCUUGCCCCCAGUAAACACUCAAGUUCCUCACACAGCCUGGCAUCUAUGCGGGUCCCAAGCUCUCCUAAUCAGUCUGCUAAUCCAUCCACCCCCUGGGAAGCAGAGCCGGUGGUGGAAGAGUCAGGGGCAGUGGAGGACGCAAAUGCAGAGAAGCUGUAUUUAUUGGGGAUGGAGCUGUUUGAAGAAGCUCUGCAAAAGUGGGAACAGGCACUGAAUAUCGGCCACCACCCAGGCUCCACCUCCAGCAACAACAGCCUGGCUCUGCAGGGGGCAGCAUGUGCAGACUUUUCUAUGAUUGAAGUCCGUAAUAAAGUGUUUGCUGAUAAGCUGGAGACAUUACUGCACAGGGCGUACCACCUGCAGGAGGAUUUCGGCAGCAGUAUCCCAACAGACAGCGUACUGGCAGACUUUGAGAGUGAAGGAACUCUUAUCUUACCCACAGUUGAGAGUUUCCACAGACUCCGAGAUGAUGAUGCAACUACAGUUACCUCUGACGAAUCCUUUUUCUCGGCUGCAGAGCUUUUCGAUGCCAUGUGUCUGGAAGACGUCUACCAGCCACUUAAGCCAGCAGCUCUCUAUGAGGAAGCCUUGUCUCUGGUCCGGGAGGGCAAAGUGGCUUAUAGGUCUCUAAGGACUGAAUUACUUGAAUGUUUUGGUGACCAAGACUUCCUCGCCAAGCUGCACUGUGUGAGACAAGCAUUCCAGAUCCUGUUGUUAGAUGAAACUCACCGCACAUUUUUCAUGGAGACCGGAAAGCAGAUGAUUACAGGCUUAAUGGUGAAGGCAAACAAGAGUCCUAAAGCCUUCCUGGAGAGCUAUGAGGACAUGCUGCUGUACACGCAGAGGGAGGAGACGUGGCUCGUCACGAAGAUGGAGCUGGAGGGCAGAGGGGUGGUGUGUAUGAACUUCUUCGACAUUGUCCUGGACUUCAUCCUGAUGGAUGCAUUUGAGGACCUGGAGAGUCCUCCCUCCUCUGUGGUGGCUGUGCUGAGGAACCGCUGGCUCUCUGACAGCUUUAAAGAGACGGCUCUGGCGACAGCUUGCUGGUCCGUCCUCAAAGCAAAAAGACGUCUUCUUAUGGUUCCUGACGGUUUUAUCUCCCACUUCUACGCCAUAUCAGAACAUGUGAGCCCAGUUUUAGCCUUCGGGUUCUUGGGACCCAGGCAGCACCUAAGUGAAGUGUGCACAAUCUUCAAGCAACAAAUCGUUCAGUACCUUAAGGAUAUGUAUGAUCAUGACAAGGUCCGCUUCACCUCAGCUCAGUGCUUAGCAGAGGACGUCCUGAACCUCUCCCACCGGCGGAGUGAGAUUUUACUCGGCUAUCUGGGAAUCAACAGCCUCAUGGAGCUCAAUGGUGCCCUGCCCAGAGACACAGAAGGGUCCUCAGGGCCUGACAAAGAGGACUACGGUCACUGAGGGCUUCACUGAGCUCGUACAGGCUGAAAGCAGUUGGGCUGGCCAGUAUGGAACGGGCAAGGGCUCGCAGCUCAACAUCUUCAUUCCUAUUAAGACCGGAUCAAACCACGAGACCCCGUUCAUGCGUGUUCAUCAGACACAACUACUGUAAGACGAUGUGUCCACCCAAUCUGCAGUAUUUACUGGUCCUUCAAGAGAGGGAGACUGUUGGAUAUGAUUCCAUCGCUCUCGUUAUCGGCUGCUGUCACGUAUCAAAAAUGCCUGCUGUAGUCAUGUGAUCUCUGACGUGUGAGGAUUUUUCUCUGCCUUGUUUCGUGACAUGGACACUUCAUAACACACCCGACAGAAGCUCCUGACACCUCCAGACUGGGCCUUCUACACUGUUAUUACUCCACACAGGACACGUCUCUGUAACCUCCAUUUAUCUGACUAGUGGAAUCUGGUUGGACAUCAUAGUCUUUGUUAUAUUUGAACAGAAAUAGUGAGAGUCUGCUGAAAUUGUGCUUAAGGUUGUUUUGUUUUUUUAAUUAAACAGGAGGAUUUUUGUAAACCGUGAUGA